AUGUGGCCCUUCGGCAAUCCCGAGAAGCAGCAAGCCCUGCCUCUGCGCCACGAGGAGGGGAGGUCCUACUACGACGUGCAGCCUGGCGACAACCUGACAAAGAUUGCCGGCCAGCUGGGAAGCACCGUGGAGAUCCUCAUGCAGGCCAACGCACUCCGCUCAGACCUCUUACACCCCGGCCAGAGCCUCUGGGUUCCGCGCACGUACACCAUUGCAAAGGGUGACACUCUUUAUGCCAUAGCGCGUAUGCAUGGAACAACAGUGGAUGCAAUUAUGCAGAUCAACAACAUCCAAGAUGCAAACCUGAUUCAUACAGGUGAAGUAUCAUCGGAUCACUUGCCCCGCCUGUUCCCCUCUUCCUGUGCCUUUUCAUACCUCUUGCUCCUUUGA